UAUAAAAAAGAGAGACCAAACCCAGUUCCCCAAGCAUUUACAAAGCAUAAAAGCAACACAUCACACAGCAUCGUAAGCCAACCACUCCAAACUAGUAAUAAAAAGUUGUCUUUCUCAAAAAGCCAAAAUAGUACUAGAAAAACAAAACGAAAAGAGUAGUAUGGAAGAAGAAGACGGAGACGCGUCUACGCCGUAUUGGCUCCAAUCACGCCGUAACAGCAACACUUACUUCCGCCGCACCGCAAGUCUCGGCGGCCGUGCAACCACCGUCGCCACUCAAAUAUUCUUCGCCGGAGCAGCUGCCAUCCUCAUAGUCUUCUUCAUUAUCCCUCCUUUCUUCUCCUCUGUUUCACAGAUUUUUCGACCUCAUUUAGUCCGUAGAAGCUGGGACUAUCUCAACUUCGUUCUCGUACUCUUCGCCGUCCUUUGCGGCUUCCUCAGCCGCAACUCCAAUAAUGACGAAACCAAUCAUAACAAAGAAGAAGACGUCAGUAACGAGUUCUCCAACUCGCCGUCCAUCAUCGAUCGAGGAGGUGUCACACCGCGUUAUUGGCUCGAUGAUCGUGGUGGUGAUCAGACGGUGUACAAGAGGUUUAGUAGAUUAAGGAGUGUUAGCUCGUAUCCAGAUCUGAGGCUCCGGGAAUACGAAGACGAUGAACGGUGGAGAUUUUACGAUGAUACACGUGUAAGUAAAUGCCGUUAUGAAGAUACAGAUCCGAUCUAUCCUAAUCAAAGUUACAGAAACUGGCAAGAGGAGGCUAAACCACCGCCGGAAGAUGUAGUUCAACCAGACCGCGAAGGCAGCAACGGAGAAGGAAGAAAAGUACAAAGCAACGGUUCCGAAGCUGAGAAAGUUGAGGUUGUUGCGACGGCCGAAGCUGAAGUAGUAGAAGAAGAGCUAACAGUGCCAUCUGCUCCGCCGUAUAUCCCGUCUCCUCCACCGUCUCCGCCACGUGCUCCCCCACAGCCUAAGCAAUCGAAGAGGAAGACUAAAAGAGUGUACCAAGAUGUUCCUCCAAAGGAAGAUAAGAAAGAGAGAGAUGAAUUUGUGGCGGUGGCGACGCCUCCGACAACUCCGAUCCCGCCUCCGACGACUGUGUAUCAGAGGAGCAAUAAACAAGAGAAGAAGAAAGGAGGAGCAACCAAAGAGUUUCUGAUAGCGUUACGGAGGAAGAAGAAGAAGCAGAGACAACAGAGCAUCGACGGACUCGAUUUACUCUUCGGCUCCGAUCCUCCAUUGGUCUAUACAAUGCCACAACCGCCGCCUCCGCCACCGCCUCCACCACCUUUCUUACAAGGGCUUUUCUCAUCCAAAAAAGGUAAAAGCAAAAGAACCAACAAUUCAAAUCCACCGCCUCCUCCUCCGCCACCACCUGAACGGAGAUAUGAAUCACGAGCAUCAAUCACGAAGCUCCGCAAAGCUCCAGUGGAAUCACGGACAUCUAAACCGAAUCCGCCAGCUAGAGUUACUCAAUUCAUAGGCACAGGAAGCGAAUCUCCAUUGUUACCGAUCCCGCCGCCGCCUCCUCCUCCGCCGUUUAAAAUGCCGGCUUGGAAAUUUGUCAAGCGUGGAGAUUACGUCAGGAUGGCUAGUGACAUCAGCAUAAGCUCCGACGAACCCGAUGAGUCGGAUGUAGCUCAGUCGGCCGGUGGGAGUAUGUUCUGUCUGAGCCCCGACGUAGAUACCAAAGCCGAUGAUUUCAUCGCGAGAUUCAGAGCUGGACUCAAAUUGGAGAAGAUGAACUCUGCCAAAAGAGGGAGAUCCAAUUUAGGACCCGAACCUGGACUCGAUGAAUCCGGAUCUUAAACGGGUUACAGGCCUUAGCCCAAGCGUAUAGAGUUUAUUUCUUUCUUAAUGGGCUUUUUUUGUAUCGUUGGUUUUUUUAUUUUGGUUGAAUUUUUUGGCUUACUACAUUGUGUUGUUUUUUCUUUACAUUUAUUAAAUUUUCUUAUACGUAUAAUCUUGUGGUGUAUACAUAAAUAAACACAACUCUUACCUA